UUAUCUGUUCUUAUAUUUCAUUAAAAUCAAACCAUUUCUGGUUGGAGGCCUCUUUUCGUCACCACAUAUUACAUUUAAACUUUAUCUAAUCUCUAGUAAAGCAAGCACAUAGAGCUAGCAUAUUGGCAUCGCUAACAGAGUUAAGCUAUUGAAUGUUUCGGUCAUCUCACCAUGUAUUUAGCAUUGAAGAAGCUCAGAAACAUCUUUAAUGCCCUCUUCUUAUUCUCUUGCGUUGUGAAUAUGUUUCUCGUUCACCUCAUCUAUUUAUGCAAUGCUUGAUCGUGAUUGCAUAGAUAAUAUGGCCUACCUCUGACCUGGAUUCCCUCAUCAGAUCAAUUGAUAGGUGAUUGCUUCUAUGUUUAGACCUACAUAUUUCCUCUCAUUGCCAGUAAUCUGGCCUACGGAUUAAAAAUCAGUCUAUGUUGGCACUGUUGCGGAUCCAUUUCACCGAAUUUCAGUGGGAAAAAAAAAUGCUCAAUCAUAAUAAUCAGGCUUUUGGGGUGGCUUGUGUGAUGUGGCUGGUUUUAAUAUCACUUGGAGCUGAGGGGGCACCUUCAAAACCUCUUCAGAAGAAAGCAAACCACAGGUCAUCAGAAGAAUCCCAUCCAUCCUCAUCAUACCGGUUGAUCUUGGAUCCUGAGUUCAAAUCCUCUGCCAGCCCGAUCCAUCCAAUCAACAACGACUCCAUCUCUCCAUGGACCUACACGUUUACACAUGAUGACAGCCUGUACCCUUCUAGCAUCGCAGAGGCGAAAUGUUCGCUGACUGGAUGUUUGCUAAAAGGCGCUGAGGAUUUCCAUUCCAAACCCAUUUACACCCAAAUCAUGGUCUUGAGGAAAAUUCGAGGAGAAAAGCAGAACUACUCCUUAAAACUUGAGUACAAAACCAUUGCAGUGGGAUGCACCUGCGUUCGUCCAUAUGUACAACAAGUUUAAAAUGUGGGACCUGAUGGAGUUACAAUACUAUAGAUUUUUUGAUCAUUAGUGUAUUACAAAUCCAGAAAGUAAGGCUUAUGACUUAUGACUUUAUAAUUUAUUUAUGGUAUCGUAUACAUGUUUGCAAAAUGUUGGAUAUAUAUUUAUGUUCAUGAUAUUUUAUGGAUUACAUAUUUGAGAUGUUUUUGCCAAUAGCAGAAUUCGAUCUAUCAUAAUCAUGAUUUUUGGUUAAUGAGUUCAACCCUUCACCCGACCUGAUCCAUCUAAUAAUCUCAUUUAUUUAUGUCAUUACAUGUGCUUUCAAGUGUAGGAUAUUU